AUGUCGGAAACAGAUCUGCUGCAGCUGUCCGCUGCAUGGCGCCGGGUGCCACACAUGGUUGCACCGUUGCAACGCGACGUUUGGAAUGCGCUCUGCACCUGGAAUCCGUCCUGGCAAACGCAACGUCUGGCAAGCGAAACCACGAGGAAUCUGUUCGUGGAGCUGGUGUCAUUUAGUGGCGGAGAAAAGUGCCGUCCUUUCGAAAUUGCGCGUGAAACCGGCGUCUCUGGGGGUGUCCCAAAGAAGCUGGGUACGAUCGUGCUGGAGUUUUUGGUCAGAUCAUUUGACGGUGGACCUGAACCGGCUCAGCUGACUUGCUGUCAGGUGCGCGAAUUUGGCAGCUAUUUGAGCACCGAGCUUCCGUUACUGAAAAUUAUCGACCUCAAGAGCGAAACGUACUGGCGGCGAGUCGUGCGAUGCUAUUCGAGUGACUGCUUAUCGUACUACGAGCAUGACUAUCUCACCCCAAACAGGUUCUGGAAACAGCACGGCGUAGAAGUGAAGCUCGGCCUUAUGAUCGAGCAGCAAGACCCACGCUACUGGGAGGUAGAAAACCUAGAAGAGACCAUCAAACGGUGCGCACCUUUCGUGGAGAAUCUCUGCGUGGAGCAGAUGCUCCCACAUCCGAAAGUGGAACCGAUGGAAGACUACGAGGCGUACAGCUAUAGGAAUGCACCGGAAGAUCUCUGCCACCACGGUUCGCUAGCCGUGCUUGGACAUCUGAGCAAUCUCACGUCGCUUUCGCUGGUGUUUGGUGUGAAACACUGGACAAAACCCUACCAGGAUCGCUAUUCUAACUGCUCGCAGGAAGACAUCGAGAAUUUGGGACUUGGUCUCCGGAAGUUGGAAAAGCUGAAAAAGUUUAACCUUUCCCGCAGCCGCUUGAACCCGCAGAAACUGAAGGCGUUGCUGGACCAUCUGACCCCGUUGCGGCUGGACACGAUUCGCCUGCAGCGUUGCCAGCUGGGCCGAGGUUGCGGUGGAAUUCUGGGAAGGUUCCUGAGCCGUUUCGGGCCAACGCUUAAGCAUCUGAACCUCUCCGACAACCGGCUCGAUGCACUCGAGCUCGAUCGGCUCUGCCCGGGAUUAAGCGUCUACCAGGGCACUGUUGACAGUCUGGAUUUGUCUUACAAUCCCGUCGGGGAGCCGGGCGUGCUGGUUCUUGGCGGUGCCAUCAAGGGUGGGCCGCAAUUGAGCGAGCUAAACUUUACCGGCUGCCAAAUGGGCGUCGAGGGAUCCUUUCGGGUCAUACAACUUCUGAGCUUCCAUGCGCCCUUGAGGAAGGUUUCGCUAAACUGCGUACCGAUUAGUCCCGAAGGAGGCGACAAGCUGGUGCAGGUGCUGCGCGAAAACACACACAUCGAGGACGUGCAGGUUGGCGAAUGUGGACUUCCCGAGGAAGUGUUGUCGCGCGUGAAGAGGAUCUUGCGUAAAAACGCCAAACGAAGGCAUCGUGCUGGUACAGCAGCAGUAACGCAACACCGAAAGCCGCUGCAAGUAGAUGCAACGGAGUACAUUCGAUCACCCGCCAGCAUGUAUCGGCUCGAGAGGCAAGUCUUUCCACCAGCAACCACGGGGACCUGA